GAGUACGAUUUAUAUUAUAUUAUAUUAUAUUAUAUUAUAUUAUAUUAUAUUAUAUUAUAUUAUAUUAUAUUAUAUUAUAUUAUAUUAUGUUGAUUGUGUGUGUUCGUGUCAUCAUAUGGUCCAUUAUUCCCAUCAUUUCCCUCACUGCGUGCUGCUCUCCUCUCUCACAUUCCUCCAGUAACUCCUCCUCCCUCCUCCACCCCCCCUCCUGCUACCCGGGUCACGUGUCCGCCCUUCCACCAAUCACAGUGCACCAUAACCAGGAGCAUGAGCAGCUGCGUCGUCCCCGGACCCUCGCUCCUCCAGCCACAGCUCGGUCCGACUCCAGUCUGGCGACAACCACGGUGGGGGGCUUGUUUUGAUUAGGGUUGAAGGAUUUUUUUUUCUCCCCCCUCCCCACUCAUGUUUUUUUUUUUUUUUUUUUUUUUCUUUUAAUUCCCGAAUUGAUGCGUUGAGACCGAGGAUGUUUUGUGCGCCUUUGAAAUCCUCACUCUUCACAACCGCGAAGGAGACAAAAUACAUUUGGGAGUUACCGACCUUAAAGCGGAGAGAGGAGCAACUUUUCUCCACUGCCGAACUAGUCAACGGGCUGCCCUGUGCUAAGCUAACCCGUUAGCCAGGAGUGUGGAAUGCAGUUGGUAUUCCUGUUAAAAGUCCACAGGCGAGCAAGUGAACUUUUCCACAUCGCGGGUCGGGGACUGUAUGAAGCUUACGAGCGACUCUCUGAGUGAGAGCGGCCCCACGGAGCCUCUGUGUCCGGUCUGGUCGGAGCGGACGGGGCAGGUGCACCUCCUCCUGCGGCACCUGCGAAAACUUGAUAACUUAGCUCCAUCGGUUGAGAGCUAACUUUAGCUCGUUCUCGUUAGCAUUGGCCAGGAUCAGUCAGUGUUGUGGAAUAGUUUUUUUUUUUCUUUUCUUCUAUGCUUUAAAUGACUGGAGGCAUUAGUUGUUAAUGUUCCAAAUUUAUUUUGUCUUUUAUCCGUCAGCCCAUAGAGCAGUGGUAUUAGCUACACCGUGUUCAGGCUACUCCUCGCUAGCUAGUUACUGACCCUCUCUUGUAAGUUACCGGAGUGGCGACGUGGAUACGCGGCUGGAGACGCUCUCCCUCUCUCUCCCUCAGGACUUUGGACACAGUUUAAAAUUUGCCGUGGGUCGCGCAGGGAAAUCCUCUCCGUGCUCGCCUGAUAGUCUUGCAGAUGUGACACCGCGAUGCUUGCAACAAGUUGCAUUUUAACGUUUUAAAGUUUUCAUUUUGUUCUAAAAGCUCUGCACCCUAUGGUGCCGCUACGGCCACCGAGAAAUGGAUGUCUCGCAGGCCGCUUUCCCAAACGGUGAAGGGCGGCCGGGCGGCGGUGGGACCGGGGAGCAUGCCUGGACAGAGUCCCCCACAGUACGGGCGUGGGCUCACUCGGCCCCGCUGUGCCCGACUCGAUCCCUGUGGACAGCAGCGUACGACUACGAGGCCAGCGGCGAGGACGAGCUCAGCCUCAGGAGAGGGGAUGUGGUAGAGGUCCUGUCCAAGGACGCUGCUAUCUCCGGGGACGAGGGAUGGUGGACGGGCAAGAUAAACCACCGGGUCGGGAUUUUCCCCUCCAAUUAUGUCACGUACCAGCCCGCUAUUUACCGGCUCCCCGCUACGAGCGUGUCGGUGGGGGUACGGGAGCGAGUCCCAAGCUCGCCCGUCCAGAUCCCCUUCAGCGAACUGAUUUUAGAGGAGAUCAUAGGCGUGGGUGGAUUUGGCAAAGUUUACCGGGGCACAUGGAAAGAUCAAGAGGUCGCCGUGAAGGCGGCUCGACAGGACCCAGACGAGGACAUAACAGCCACCGCCGGCGGUGUUAAACAAGAAGCGAAGCUUUUCUCCAUGCUGCAGCACCCCAACAUUAUUAAACUGGAAGGGGUGUGUUUGGAGGAGCCCAACCUGUGCCUGGUCAUGGAGUACGCCCGAGGCGGGACACUGAACCGGGCGUUGACCGGAAGGCGAAUCCCUCCACACAUCCUGGUCAACUGGGCCGUGCAGAUCGCACGCGGGAUGCACUAUCUGCACGAGGAGGCCGUGGUACCCAUUAUCCACCGUGACCUGAAGUCUAGCAACAUAUUAUUACUUGAAAAAAUUGAGAAUGACGACAUCGGGAGGAAGACCUUGAAGAUCACAGAUUUCGGCCUGGCCAGGGAGUGGCACAAAACCACAAAAAUGUCAGCAGCAGGCACCUACUCCUGGAUGGCCCCUGAAGUCAUCAAGUCGUCCCUCUUCUCUAAAGGCAGUGACGUCUGGGGUUAUGGAGUGUUGCUGUGGGAGCUGCUAACAGGAGAGGUGCCGUACCGUGGCAUUGACGGCCUGGCUGUUGCUUACGGCGUCGCAGUUAAUAAGUUAACUCUACCAAUCCCUUCCACUUGCCCCGAACCUUUCGCCAAGCUCAUGGAAGAGUGCUGGGACCAGGACCCCCACGUGCGCCCCUCCUUCUCCUGCAUCCUGGAGCAGCUGUCAGCCAUCGAGGAGGCGGUGAUGGCCACCAUGCCUCAGGACUCCUUCCACAGCAUGCAGGACGACUGGCGCGUGGAGAUCCAAGAGAUGUUUGACGAGCUCAGGACCAAAGAGAAGGAGCUACGUUCCAGGGAGGAGGAGCUGACUCGGGCCGCCCUGCAGCAGAAGUCUCAGGAGGAGCUGCUGAAGCGUCGGGAGCAGCAGCUGGCAGAGCGGGAGAUCAACGUGCUGGAGAGAGAGCUCAACAUCCUCAUCUUCCAGCUCAACAAAGACAAGCCCAACGUGAAGAAGAGGAAAGGCAAAUUCAAACGGUCGCGCCUUAAACUGAAGGAUGGAAACCGCAUCAGCCUGCCUUCAGAUUUCCAACACAAGAUCACCGUGCAGGCGUCUCCUUCCAUGGACAAGAGGCGAAGCCUUCACAGCACCAGCUCCUCUCCUCCCAGCAGUCCCACGCUCAUCCCCCGCCUACGAGCCAUCCAACUUACUCAAGACGAGAGCAACCGUACGUGGGGCCGCAGCUCCCUCUUCAGGCCAGAGGAGUUUGAUGACGUGAAAAAGGGAAUCAAGAAGAAAGGAAGAACCUGGGGCCCCAGCUCAGUGCAGAGCAAAGAACGGCCGGCUGCCGCUGAGAGAGUGCGUCCUCUGUCGGAUGGCAGUAACCCCUGGUCCACCAGCCUGGUCAAGUCUCAGAAGCCCGUGCCCCUCGCUGCCCUGUUCAAUGAACAAGCAGGGGCCAGUAAAGACGAGGCGUUCCCCCAGGAAUGUCCCGACAGCAGCUCCAAACCAAAGCAGCUCAAGUUCCCCAACCAGGUGUACAUCGAUCUACCUCUGUGGAGGGACGAGCAGCAGCCUCAGAGCCCCGCCGGGAGCUGUGGGCCAGGAGAUGCCGGGGUCGGGCCGGCAGGUCAAGGCGGCCCACCGGAGACCCCGGACGACCCCUACACCACCACGUCCACCUCCUCCACCUCCACCACCCCACAGCUCACCCCCACCAACAGCCUGAAAAGGACCUCAGCUCGCCGCAAGACCGACUCUGUGCUGUACGGCUGCGGGUCGCUGCUGGCUUCGCUUGUGCUCGGUUACGACAUCAGAGAGGCUCUGAAAAACUCGACGCCUGGGGAGGACUGUGAGCCUCAAAAAGAGGAGAAGAAGAAGAAGGAGGGCUUGUUCCAGCGAGCCACCCGGUUCCGCCGGAGCACGUCGCCACCAGGCGGCCGCGCCCGCAAAGACGAAACAUCGUCGUCAAACCAUGUGGCGACCCCACCUGUCAAUCUCAUCUCCAUGUCCGCCAUCAUGGAAUGCAACUCCACCAAGUGUCUCCUGCAGUCCGAGGUAGAGGUGACAGAGUCCAGGCCUGGGAAGGUGGAGCAUGUGACUGCCAAUCAUCACACGGAGCCAUCCAAACCCGGAACGGCGGCGUCUACAGAAGGCCAGAGCGUCAAGACGGCGCCUAAAACGCAGACCCCAGUGCAAACCAAAAGCCAGCCCCCAGAGCAGAGCAACCACAACACAGGAACACGUCUGCGGAGGAAGAAAUACACCACCAACCACAACACCAAUGGUCCUCCCAGUCUCCCUCCUCCCGCCCUCCAGAGGAAGCAGGAGAAAGAGAAGAGCGGGGCGUCAGAAAAGCCUCCCGAGGCCUUCUCCAGACCGCGGCCGGUGUCGUUCAGGGCCAAACCCCACACCUGGGCGCUGCUGCGGGGACGCAACAAGAGCUACUCCCUGGGCCACUACUCCGGAGAGAAGACGGCUCAGAACCUGAACAUGGUGCUGACCUCUGACGUGGGGGUGGGCUGCUCCCUGCUGGACAUGGACACGGAGGGCCAGAAACGAGACUGCACCGUGCCCCUGUGUCGCAUCCAGAGCUCCCCGGGUCGGGCCUCCGUCUUCGAGCUGGAGAAAGAGUUCCUCUCGUAGGAGGACCUGCUGCGAUCACUGCUCAUCCGUUAACACUCGGGAAAAAACGUACCGAGUUUCGGCCUAGAACUCCUGGAGGGUUUAGCACCAGGCUGCCUUUGUUUCCAGUUAUUUUAUUUUCUUUUUUUUUUAAAAAAAGUUCUACAUAGAACUUUAGAAUCCAGCUUUGUCUUAGUUCUAGAACAUAGUGAGGUCAGUGUUCUAGAGCGUGACCAAGUCUCAGAUCUACACGGAACAUUCCAGAGCUCUUCUUUUCCUCUGACCCCUCGGUGCUCCACUGCCACCUUUGUUCUCUCAUUAUCUCCCUCAUUGUCCCCUUCCUUCCUUCCUUCCUUCCUUCCUUCCUUCCUUCUGUCUCGUCCUGUCGGUGCAGCUAAACGUUGACCGCCGCUGCAGCUUUCUCAACACGAUACCCUCACCUUUUUAUUUAUAUAUAUAUUUUUAUAGGUAAUUUAAUAUGAAGAGACUUGACCUUAGCGACCAGCAGGAAGUACAUUCCAUGUCAGUUUCGAAGCCGUGUGAUCACGCUUUUAGAUGUUUCGACUUGAAUCAUGCAUGCGUGUACCCUUAAAAUGUUGAACAAAACAAAAAAAAAAAAAGAUACCUUGUUUGUAAAUAUUUCUUUUUAUCGUUUAUCGGCCUAAUGCUGGCAGUCGUUUUGUAUUGCAUAUAUGCUGUUGUGCGACUGUUUGUAAAAGUCAGCAAUGCUGCAGUACAGUUUGUGCUCUGGGGGCAGGUUACGUACUGGGUCCGUAGCAGCGGUGGACGUAUGUCGCCCCCCAGAACACCCUGAAGGGUUUUUUUUUUUUUUUAGCGAUGCGGGUAGAAAAACACUGGACGUCGUACAAAGCAGACGUGGAAUCCUCUCAUUUAAAACACGUGGUCGUGCGUUGCUGAUACAGAUUUUUCUAAGAGUAUUUAUAGAAAUGUUUGUAUGGGUUUAUAUUUCCUAUCCUCAGAACACUUCAGCCAUGAUUGUUCAUGUCAGGAAAACUGCCCCGGAUGAAUGAAUGAAUGAAUUUACAAUGAAAUUCCCCCUGAUGACAGCUGAUUUUCAGGAUUAAAACUUGAAACGAACAUGUAAAAUGGCAAUACCUACUUGACCUGACAGAUCCAGUGCCUUCAAGUCUGAUUUUUAAAGCUCAGUCUGUGUCUUCGCUUUCAGCCCCGGUUUAAUUGAACUGUGCGGUUAGAUUUGACCCGGCUCACAUUUAUGGAUUUGUUUGUAACAUUUAUUAUGUAGCAUUAAGCAAAAACUUUCCCGGUUAGCGUUAUAGCUCUAUUUCAUGAAGCCAAGGAAGGUCCGGGGAUAUUUGAGAACAGCAGGCGAAGACACAUUUUUAUUAUUAUUAUACCGUAAACCUCCAACAAGUUUAAAGAUUUCCUCAGGAUUCACAAAGGGCUCAGUAUCCUCAUGAUUUUUGGUUUGUGGGUGAUUAUAUUCCCCCAGAGGUUUUUUAAAAGAACAUGUCCCACUUUUGAAGGAUUGGAGAUAUGAAUUCCCCAAUGGUGUAAAUAGAUCUGAUUCCUGAUGUGUAUACCACUGCUGCGUUUUAUGAUGACUUAGAAUGUGAAGUCUCCCCAUGCUCUGCCUUUUAUGGCCACUGAGUUUCAAGCCAGGUCCGACACUGUAAAGGCCCUGCUAAUCACGAAGCCGUUGAAAAGCCAGCGUUUUACGAAUUACCUGUAAAUACCACGCGAACACACUGGUACUGAACAUUCCCCUCAAUGGAUGGUUUGUCUUCCAGAGUCACUGAACUUUCUUGGCCUGCUGUUAAUGAUGACUCUGACAUUCCUCUGUGCGAGACAAACUGCAGCAAUAAUAUUUGUGAAACCAGCUUCCAGUAACAGAACAUUCAGGCGUCUGGCUAUGGGACCAAAUUCAACUCGACCAGCACUGAGGCUUCUCUGUCUUCAGGACCAAAACCACUAAAUGAACCAGCUGCUAGCGAGGAGUCGUUACAAAGAAAACUUCACAAAGAACCUCAGAGCGCGGCGCUGCUGCUGCUGAAAGACCUCCCCCACCCCCCACCCCCCACCUCUGACACCUUCUCGAUCAAAUGACUUCCCGUUAAAAAAAAAGAAAAAAAAAGUGACUCUUCCUCUAAACCACUCGUCACAUCGAACGUGUCAGAGUUAGAUUUCAGUGCAUCUCUUUCAGUGAACGGUGUUUUGUUAUCAUUACAGUAUUUCACGCCUGAUUGAUCAAAAGUAUCAAGUUUAUUGACAUUUUGAAUAAAGUCUAAAUCAAGACUAA